AUGGCCGAAAAGGAAUCCCCAGACUUUGGCAACGUGGACGUGGCUCACGACGAGAAGGGCGCGGCUCAGUCUCAGAAGCCCGACCUGGGCGCCGCAUCCGGGCGGCGCCAUUCGACCGCUCUCAACAUUGUCGAGAAUCCGCUGAGGCGCUGCACAGCGGAGCAGACGGUCAACGAUGCGCGGGUUUUUGCCGAGGAACACGGUCUGGCCGAGCACGCCGCUCUGUUUGGACGCGCCGCUCUGGUGGCGCGUGAUUCAGCACGGUUCGAGAUGGUGACGGAACUCGACGAGGAAGAGCGCACCGCGCUGGCGUACGAGAGGGACCACAAAUGGCACGGCCCAGCCAUGCUGUGGUAUUCCAUCUCCCUGUGUGCCGUCGGAGCCGCCACGCAAGGCUGGGAUCAGACCGGAUCCAACGGCGCCAAUUUGUCGUUCCCUCAAGAGUUCGGUCUGAUUCAUACCGGCAGAGAUGAGUGGGUUGUUGGAAUCAUCAAUGCCAUCAUCUUCUUGACCGCCGGUCUCAUUGGUGCUUGGAUCGUGGAUCCCCUCAACCACUACCUGGGGCGUAGAGGCGAGAUCUUUCUCACUGCUUGCUGUCUCACCGCGACACCGAUUGGAUCCGGGUUCGCCAAAUCGUGGGAAGGACUGUUUGCCGCCCGGUUUGUCAUGGGCAUUGGCAUCGGCGCGAAGAACGCCACCGUGCCCAUCUACUCAGCCGAGAUGGCACCCGCUCGAAUUCGAGGUGCCCUGGUCAUGUUCUGGCAACUUUGGGUCGUGGCCGGUAUCUUCUUGGGAUUCUGCGCCAACGUCAUUGUCAAAGACACCGGCGACAUCUCCUGGCGGCUGCAGCUCGGCUCGGCCUUCAUUCCCUCCUUCAUCCUCAUGAUCGGCAUUUUCUUCUGCCCCGAGUCGCCCCGCUGGCUCAUGAAGCACGGCAAGUACGCGCAGGGAUUCCGAUCCAUGACGCGCCUGCGAGCCCACCCCAUCAUCGCCGCCCGGGACUACUACUACUCGUGGGUCAUCUACCAGGAGGAGCUGCGCGAGACUCGUGGCGCCGGCUAUUUCUCCCGUCUGCGGGACUGUUUCACCGUGCCCCGGAUCCGGCGAGCAAACUACGGGGCCUCGACCGUCAUGAUCGCUCAGCAAAUGUGCGGUAUCAACAUCAUCUCGUUCUACAGCUCGACCAUCUUCGAAAAUGUCGGCUACACCGCCCCGCAGGCCUUGUACGCCUCUCUGGGCUACGGCGCCAUCCAGGUCAUCUCGACCAUCCCAACCCUAUUCCUCAUUGACACCAAAGGCCGGAGAACCUUGACGUUGAUUACCUUCCCUCUCAUGUGCAUCUUCCUUCUGGCCGGUGGUCUCUCUCUUCUCAAAACCGAAGGUAGCCGUGGCGAACGGAUCGGUCCGGUUGUCUUAUUCGUCUACCUCUUUACCAUCUGCUAUUCGUUGGGCGAAGGCCCCGUCGCUUUCCAAUACUCGGCCGAAGUCUUCCCCACCAUCCAGCGUGAGCAAGGAAUGGCCUGGGCCGUCUGCAUCAACAACACUUUCGCCGGUAUCCUCAGUUUGACCUUCCCUCGCAUGAACACCGUCAUGACGCCAACAGGAGCAUUCGGCUUCUAUGCCGGUCUCAACCUGCUCGCCUGGUUCAUGAUCUUCUGUUUCGUCCGAGAGACCAAGCAGCUCACUCUGGAAGAGUUGGAUCAGGUCUUCUCCGUCCCCACCAAGAGUUUCAUCUCGCAUGAGUUGAAGGUGUGGCUCCCAUACUUCAUCAAGCGACAUAUCUUCCGCCAGGACAUUCCUAAGCCGCCACCCAUCAUCGAGAAGGCCGACAGGUCCCAGGAGACUCUUCUCGAAGCGUAG